AUGAGGCAGCUACAUGCAGCAGACCUUGAGCUGCUGAAGACAGAAUUCACAGCAGUAACAGCCCACACUCAAGCCUCUGAGGAGGACAUACUGGACUUAAGACAAGAGGUACAAGGCCUCAAGGAAUCCAUACUCCAACUGCAAUCCUCCCAAGCUAACUUAACGAGCAGGGCUGACACGGCAGAAGACCGCCACAGGCAGGUAAACAUAAAGAUCAGGGGUAUACCCGACUCCAUCGGCAUAACAGAGUUGCCCCACUAUCUCAGGCGACUCACCACCUCACUCUUGCCACACAUCCAGGCCAAGAAACUCACUUUUGAGGGAUUCUUUUGCAUCCCAAAACCGAGACAAGCUUCACCAACAGCAUCUCACAAUGUCAAAGUCAGAUGCCACUCAUCCACUGACAAGGCCCUCCUAAUGACGGCAGUCCGGGGUAAAACUCCACUCACUUUUGAAUCCAGUCAACUUACCUUCUACCAGGAAAUAACACGCAACACAUUGCUGUGGAGACGCUCACUGGGACCGGUAACCAGCCAGUUGCGCAAUGCAGGCAUAGAAUAUAGAUGGACAUUGCCACGAACUCUAACAGUAACCAAGGAGGGCAACACGAAGAGACUAACCACCCUAGCAGACGCAGACUCCUUCCUCCGGGCCCUGGGGCACCCCACGGCAGUGGCAAAGGCGACAACCCACUCUACCUCACACGCCUGGGACCCAGAGAGAGCCGUGACCUUCACACUCAGAGGGGGCACACAACCAGAAGCUCCGACCUGA